AUGCCUCACCCAUACCAGCUCACGACUCCGAGUCUACGGGACUGGUAUUGUCACCCUCACGGUGCCGACUAUCCAUCAGCGAUAGCAUCGGCGGCGAGUAAUCACACAACCUUCCAUAUGACCUUCUACGACAGUAGAAUCACUCAGUUCUACAUUAUUCGCGCUCGUUGUUACAUUGAAUCUCAGCUUCCGAGGCUUCACAUUGGUCCUGACUUCUCUGCCAACGGUGAAGUGAUCUUUACCGCUCAGCAUACCUUCGACUUCGCUCUCGAGGUCGAGAACAGCCCACUUAGCCUCAUCUACCACCACCAUCGCCGAGCCUGUCCUCUCCUCUUCUACUCGCGCGGCUGCCAGGACACCCUUACCCACUGGAAACAGGUGUCAUUGGUCACCAUACGAGUGAACGUCCCGCCUAUCGUGUUGGGCUUCCUACCUCUCGAUCCUCAGCGAGGACAAGCACAAGAUACAGACGACGCAUGGGAGGCUCUGACCUCUGCGGCGCCAGGUCAAACCAUCUGUCUCUGGACGAGUGUUGGCCCCGCGCAAGGAAGGGGACUAGAAGAGGUGUGGAGCUUGAUGAAAGAGCUGGUCCCACUGGCUCGCCAGACCGAGGGCUCGUUCUGGUAUCGCGAGCUCCAUAAACCUGACAGAGAAGGGUGCCGGCCUACUCCUCCCUGGUUAGUUUUUCCUAACCAGCGUGACCGCGUGACCAUGUUGUAUCCAGCCAUUCCGGCUUUCCUCGACCAGCGAGACCGGCUGUGCCGGCUCCUCGAUGCCCUCUAUUUGGAGAGGCGUGAGCAGCGUCGGGUUUUUGGGCGAUUAUUGCAGUUUCGCAUUCCGCAUGUUGCGUCUCAGCAUUGA